AUGGAGAAAAGGGUCAUCAUAGUAUGCAUAAUUGUAGCAUUUUUAGGGAUAGUGUCCGCUGCUUUGAGCUUUAUUGCCGAAGUCAAAAGAAUUAAGGCAACUCAAAUACAACUGGAUACAACAUCUCAGUGUAUAUUUCCCAGAAGUCCAGCUUUUGUUCUGGCAACUGCAGCUGUGGUGUUUCUUGCAAUUGCCCACAUUGUAAUAAAUGUAGCAACUGGAUGUCUGUGCGUGAGAAUCCUACCUGAAGUUCUUAAUUUUAGACUGACAACUGCUCUAGUCUCUUCUACAAUGUCCUGGUUCACAUUAUCGGCCGCUGUCUUCUUGUUGAUAUCUGGUGCAGCACUUAGUUAUAAAGAUGGUGAAGAGUCCAAAUACGAAGGAAACUAUUACUGCUUUGUUAUAAACCGUCGCAUAUUUGCUUUAGGUGGCUUAUUGUCCCUAGCAACUGUGUUUCUUGGAAUCCUGGCACAUAUAUUAGUGUAUUCAGCCGAUGACUUGGAUGAACGCUGGUCUCCACCUGCUGCUCCUGGACUACAUGGCAUUGCCAUGGGACAAGCUGAGCUUUCUCCACAAAGUUCAGGGGAUCAGGAAUUUGUUCAAGAGAUCAGUGCUUACAGGGGACAAGAAAUGGUGUGA